AUGGUUAAGAUCCCCAUCUUUAUUCCCAUUUACAGUAAGGGCGAAAAACACAAGGGUAUGGCCAUUGCAGCUAAGAGGAAAGAAUGUGUGGGCCUGGGAGAGUGGAUACCAUCCAUUGUUAACCAUUUAUGGUGGAGUGCCCAAACCUGUGAGGGUAAUGCUGAGGUGCUGAAGGAGAAGUGGGUGUCAGUAAUACACCAUGUUACCAACCGGCAUGACUGGCCAGGCAAUAAGCAUUACCAUAGAUGUGCUCAUGAGCCCCUUGAUGAGCUGACCGAGAGAACAAAGCUUUGGUUGAGUCCAGGAUCUGAAGCCCACAAAGCACUGGUGAGGACUGUUAAAGACAAGCGACUUUUGAAAGACCUGGACCACCUGACAAAGUGCAUCCACACUACAACACUAGAGGUGUACCACUCCAUGUACCUCAAAUACCUUCCGAAGAGAACAUAUUUUGGAUAUGAUGAGAUGAUCCAUGCUUCCAUGCUUGCUGCUCUGGAUCAUAACAACAAUGCAAUCAGGGAACAGGCAGUGUUUCAAGAUGGGGAGACUGUUGGUGAACCUAAGUUCAAAAUCUCCUGGAGCAAAGUUCACAAGUCAUUCAGAGCAAGACGGGUGGCUGUUAAAAAGGACUAUGGCUACAUGACGGCAAUGGUGGCAGAUGUUCUCUCCUCUGUGACAGCUUUAAAGCCGAGCAUGGACAUGACACUAGACAGAACACACAUCAUGGCACCACAACAAAGACCAUCCAGAUCACAGAUCAUAUUUCAGACACAGCAGUUUUCACAUUUCAAGUAGCUGCAUCUAUACAAACACAUUGCAUACACACCAGCAUUCUUCUCUGUUAGUUGAUUCAUAUCAACGGGACUUCUCUCUAACCCCAACUCUAACAAGAACCUGGAUGAUUGAGGAUCUUCACAAACCAGCAUUUUUCAAA